UAGUACAGGCUGAUCGCAGUGGGAAGCUGGAGCUUCAGUAUCCAAGGCGCGUCAUUAUUCCUCCCUCUCUCCUCCUCACUCGCUUCUGUUACACCUUCUUGUACACGGCUGUGGUAUCGAUCGCCUGGCCAUUGUGUUGUCGCUCAGAGGCACCGUUUGCUCGCCGACUUGGCCGCAUUUCGAUGUGUUUGCUGUCGCCUGCUGCUUCCGCCACUGACCCAUGUCCGCGUGCAUCCCGCGUCCUGCCCGCGCCCCCGCUCCGUGGCCGCCGUCACAAUGUCCACUCCGCCCGUAGACUCGCUAUCCGCCCUGGAGAGCGGCCCCCAGUCCCACUAUUUCCAGCUGCCCAGGAAGUUGCCUAAACGUAAGAGCCGCUUCAAACGCUCCGAUGGCAGCACCUCCUCGGACACAACGUCAAGUUUUAUCAAACGUCAGGGGUCAGCUGAUUCCUACACCAGUAGACCGUCGGAUUCCGACCUGUCAGCAGAGGAGGACCGCGAGGCGUAUCGGCGUGAAGCCGAGCGCCAGGCACAACUUCAGCUUGACAGAGCGAAGUCAAAGCCUGUAGCGUUUGCAAUAAAGACGAAUUUGAGUUACUGUGGAGCUCUGGAUGAGGACUGCCCUGUCCAAGGAGCUGCGGUCAACUUUGAUGCCAAAGACUUCCUUCACAUCAAAGAAAAGUACAAUAAUGACUGGUGGAUUGGACGGCUGGUCAAAGAGGGAGCCGACAUUGCCUUCAUUCCUAGCCCGCUGAGACUGGAGGCAAUGAGACUCAAACAGGAGCAGAAACAGAGGAAAACUGGGGGUAACUCCUCCAGUUUGGGAGACAUGGUGACCGGGAGCUGGAGGACCACGCCGCCAUCUGCAGGUGAAGCUAAACUGAAGCAAAAACAGGAACAUGUCCCUCCAUAUGACGUGGUGCCCUCCAUGAGACCGGUGGUCCUUGUGGGACCAUCACUGAAGGGCUAUGAGGUGACAGAUAUGAUGCAAAAAGCUCUUUUUGACUUCCUGAAACACCGAUUUGAGGGAAGAAUCUCAAUCACCCGCGUCACCGCCGACCUGUCCCUAGCCAAGAGAUCCGUCCUCAAUAAAAGGCCAAUAAUGGAAAGGUCUAACACGCGAUCCAGUUUAGCGGAGGUUCAAAGUGAGAUCGAGAGAAUAUUUGAGCUCGCUAAAACCCUGCAGCUAGUGAUUUUGGAUGCGGACACCAUCAACCAUCCCGCUCAGCUAGCCAAAACCUCUCUGGCACCCAUCAUUGUCUAUGUUAAAGUCUCCUCACCUAAGGUGCUUCAGAGGCUGAUCAAGUCCAGAGGGAAGUCUCAGAGCAAACACCUGAAUGUUCAGAUGAUGGCUGCGGACAAACUCUCUCAGUGUCCCCCUGAUUUGUUUGAUGUCAUUUUGGAUGAAAACCAGCUGGAGGAUGCCUGUGAGCACUUGGCUGAAUACAUGGAAGUGUACUGGCGGGCCACUCAUCUCCCAGGGAUCACCCCUCUUAAUCCUCUUUUAGAGCAGACUCUGAUGACCCCGCCCUCCGCCAUCUCCAGCCUCCAGAACAAGAACCAGCCACAGCCUAGCGAGGCGGCGGGCUUGACGGCCGAGGAGGAGGAGGCAGGUGAGGAGGCCGUCUCCCCUGUAGAGCAGGACAGCCUCAUGCCGUCAGACGAGGCCAGCGACUCACUGUCCCAUGGCCAGAGGGGGAGCCCGUGUCACAGGGGCGGCGAGGACGAGGAGGAGGAGGAAGAGUACGCCUCUCCGUGCCACGGCCGCACGUACAGGAGCGUGUACCCCGCCCACCAGGGCCACGCGGGCGCCCACAACGCCAACGAGUCGCAGGACAGGCUGCUGCAGAGUGAAGCCCAGCAAGGUCACAACCUGAGGAACAACCGCCAACGCAGCCGUCCUUGGCCUAGAGACACCUACUGAGGACCCCUACUGAGGACCCCUACUGAGGACCCUCCCACCAUCAUCUCAAUCUGCAAGCCCGGGUCUAUUUUUAGGGCAUCACUUAGUGAGACUGUCAACAGGGCUACGGGACGUCUUUCAGGCAACCUUGCCUCCCUGUUUCGAACGUUUCCAUAUAUUCUGGCCUUAAAGGGGAUUAUUAGGAUGUUCCCUCAAUUUUAAACACACCCUUGUGGUCUCCAUCACAUGUCAUGGUGGGCAAAAUGUUGCCCAGAUUAUGUUUUACAGACCAUCUUCCGGCCGCUUUCUGACCGUCUCUUCAGGAUGCGCCGUUUAGUGGGCGGUGGGCUAAUUUACGUGCCUCCACUUCGUCAGCCAUGUUGUAGUUUCCAGCGCUUCCAUGUGGAGUCUACUGACACAUAUAACUUCAAAUGAUUCGCUACUUUGUAUUAGAAAUGGCAACAGCGGAGGAUUCAUGUGCAUGUACGAGCCAGUCUGCCCCACGACAAGAGGAUAGAGAAACAUAGGGAACUUAAUGACUCCAAAGGCACUUUGGGUAAAGCGCUACCGUAUUUGGAGAUGUCCGCUGAAUGAGAAAACUGGUGCAAAUUGGGCCAAUUUUAAACCGCUGGUUUGGCAAGAUUGUUUAAGCGUCUCCUCCAUGCCUCCAUGGUUUGAAUUCUAAUUUUCGGGACUUAUGCUGAUCCCCAAAACAGGUAUCAAUCAUACUUGCCAACACUCCCGAUUUUCCCGGGAGACUCCCGAAUUUCAGUGCCCCUCCCGAAAAUCUCCCGGGGCAACCAUUCUCACAAAUUUCUCCCGAUUUCCACCCGGACAACAAUAUUGGGGGCGGGCCUUAAAGGCACUGCCUUUAGCGUCCUCUACAACCUGUCGUCACGUCCACUUUUCCUCCAUACUAACAGCGUGCCGGUCCGGUCACAUAAUAUAAUUGGGGGCGGUAUGGCCUAGUGGGUAGAGCGGCCGUGCCAGAAACCUGAGGGUUGCAGGUUCGCUCCCCGCCUCUUGACAUCCAAAUCGCUGCCGUUGUGUCCUUUGGCAGGACACUUCACCCUUGCCCCCGGUGCCGCUCACACUGGUGAAUGAAUGAUGAAUGAAUGAUAGGUGGUGGUCGGAGGGGCCGUAGGCGCAAACUGGCAGCCUCGCUUCCGUCAGGGCAGGGCAGCUGUGGCUACAAAUGCAGCUUACCACCACCAGGUGUGAAUGAAUGAUGGGUUCCCACUUCUCUGUGAGCGCUUUAAGUAUCUAAUAAUAGAAAAGCGCAAUAUAAAAUCUAAUCCAUUAUUAUAUAUGUGGCUUUUACACACACACAAGUGAAUGCAACGCAUACUUGGUCAACAGCCAUACAGGUCACACUGAGGGUUGACGUAUAAACAACUUUAACACUGUUACAAAUAUGUGCCACACUGUGAACCCACACCAAACAAGAAUGACAAACACGUUUCGGGAGAACAUCCGCACCGUAACACAACAGAACAAAUUACCCAGAACCCCUUGCAGCACUAACUCUUUCGGGACACUACAAUAUACACCCCCGCUACCACCAAACCCCAUCUCCCGAAUUCGGAGGUCUCAAGGUUGGCAAGUAUGGUAUCAAUAGGUAAGACAAGUUGGUUUUGCAUACUAGGUCCCCUUUAGGACUAACACAUCUUUUGCUAACUUUACUGUUGCAUGUGUUACUACAGUAUCGUUAUUCUAAGACGAUUUGCACAUUGACGCCAGAACAGGAAGUGACUGGGUAACUUAAUGUAGGAAUGUUUACCGUUGAUACAUUUGCUUAUAAUGUAAAUAUUAAAUAGUUAAGAGUUAAGUUGUUCUCGGUUUGUUUGGUUGUUUUUGUGGUUUGUAGGUGUUUUCUCCACGGGGAAGCUGCGGUCCAUCGUCCUUCUGCUGUUGCACAAUCACGCGCUAACACCUCUAAAGAAGCUCACGAGGGACACACGGAGAAUGUAAACACAAAAGGGGAAUGUAGAGUCUCCUUUAUUCCUCCCUCAUGAAGCACACGCUGCAGAGAAUGUGAGCUUGCAUGCCUUCCGUAGCACAUUCUUUGAUUGUAGCACCCCCCUCUAAAAGUAGGCAAGAGUCCACCUUGCAUCCUCACUUUGUCUACUCCGAUGUUUUCUUCUCUCACGGCCGACCCUCAGGUGUCCCGCGUGUGACAAACAUGUGGCGAAGUCGCAGCUGUAGCAAGCGCGCGUCACAUGACCUCAUUGCCUCUCACUACAGGGUCGACACCAGCUGACGUUAAGAAGACUGGGUUACUGCUUCCACGCCGCACAUGUACAGUGUACACUUUUGAAGAUCAAACAAAACAUCAGCAUGACAGUGAGGAAAAGAAGAAGAUACUAUGCAAGUGCUGCAUGCGUUCUGGUUCCUUUUACCGUUGAGUAUUUAUUAUUGCAUCGUUUCUGGUUGUGCCCGUUGUCUUGCAGUGAUAGUCGUCCUUGGGGCGUGUACCUUUUUUUUUGUUUUUUUUACGACUAACUGCACUCUUACUCACUACCAGCAGUUCAAAGUUGAGCUGGACACUUUGACGCACUUUGAAACUCACUAAAAAUGCUCCCCUGAUCGAUGAAUGAAUGAAUGAUGUCCUUCUGCAUGUCUCAGUUCUACUAUUGGCUAAGUUCUAUCCUAUUUUGCCAGAGUAUGUUUUUUCCAAGUGGACCAAUUAUUAAACUGAUGAAGGAGUUGAAGUUGAGUUCCAAUUUAUGAAGCACAAUUUUUACAAGGUUAUCAUUUAUUUUCCUAUGUCUUAUGUAUGCAAUACUAAGCUUGACAUUGAAAAAUGAAACACGCCUUGCACCAUCUGGACUUCCUCAGUGUGGGUAGAAAAAAAAAAAUGGCACUAAUAUUUUUUGGGGAGAUGGUUGCUUUGUAAUGCAAUAACUGCACUAAAUGGAAGCCACCUGACAGUGUGCUAGCGUGACAACACGCUCUUUACUACAAGGUGUACCAAGUGAGAUAUUUCCUGCCUGAUGCUGUAAAGAAUGCUUCAGAUUUACACGGCUAUGAAAAUUAUGACUCAAACAAAAUAAACAUGACAUUUUGUGUACUUUUAAUGGCUUGGG